GACGUAUCAACUCUUGAAAAAGAUUUCAGCUAUAAGUACAAGUUUACUUUCUAAUGUCGAUCAUCAAGAAAGGUGCAACAGGACAAAACACGGUGGAUGUACAAUGGAACUAUCUAAACACGAAAACGAUGAAUUGGAGAAUAUUGAAAACGAAGAAAUUAUGAUGAACGAUCCUUUGAGAUAUUCAACGAAAACAAGAAAAAUAUAUUGCAAAUCGGAUAUACAAAGAAACGAAAGGGAUACACGUUAUCAUAGUAAGUGUUCAUCAAAUCGAAAAUAUUCGACCAUUUAUCAAUGUGACGUUUGUGGUAAGAAAUUCCGAAAGAAGUUUCAACUUCACAAGCACAAAUACGAGCAUGAGAAUAAAUCCGAAGAAAGUAUGGAGUACGAUAAUCGUUGCGAAGAAUGUGGUAGGGUAUUUCUUAACGAGAAGAAGUUACAUAAACAUAUGAUUAAGGCUCAUCAACAGGAAAAACCAUAUCAGUGUGCUCUCUGUGGUAAAUGUUUUAAAACCGAAGAAUUUUUGAAGACACAUUUGAAACAACACAACAAACGUUUCACUUGUGAUAUAUGUGGUGUCUCCAAAGUAUCGGGAUACGAUUUGCGUUUGCACAAAAAGAAACACAAUCAGGAAUACGUAACUCAUUGUGAGAUUUGUGGUAAAGGAUUUUACACAAAUCAAACGUUAGAGAGACAUUUGUUAACUCAUACCGGUGAGAAACCAUUCAUUUGUAAAAUUUGUAAUACUCCUUAUGCUAGUGCGGCUUAUUUGAAUAUGCACAUCAAGUCCCAUGGUCAACGGGAGAAACACAAGUGUAAUAUUUGCAAUUUUGAAAGUUAUUGGAAGGCAGCUUUGAAGGUACAUCUGAAGAUCCACAGUGGCGAAAAUCAAAUAACAUGUGAGAUAUGUGGAAAAUCGGUAUCGAGUAAAACCUAUUUGCAAAUUCACAUGCGAAUACAUUCCGGUGAAAAGCCGCAUGUUUGCGAAGUAUGUGGAAAAGCAUUUAGUGUUAGGAAAUAUCUCGUUGUACAUUUGAGAACGCACACAGGAGAAAAACCUUACGAAUGUAAAGUCUGUCAGAAGAGAUUCACUCAACAAGGAUCAUUAAAUUCGCACAUGAAGUCGCACAAUGAGAAUAAAUAAUAAAACCAAAGAAACAAUAUCGAAUUAGUAGUAUGUAUUUUUAAAUAAUAAGAGACUCUGCUUCACUCAUGAAUGUUGUGCAAAUUGUUAAUGUAAAAUGUUGUAAUAUGUUAGCACGACGAACGGUUUCUCUUACCGUCCAUAUUAUAUCGUUUAUAAUCGGCUUAUCGCAACUAAUUAGAUUUGUGUAUUAAAAGGCACUGUUUAUUAUUAUUAUUAUUAUUGUUAUUAUUAUUAUUAUUAUUAUUAUUAUUAUUAUUAUUAUUAUUAUUAUUAUUAUUAUUAUUAUUAUUAUUAUUAGUAUUAUUAUUAUAUAUUUUUGACAAAGUUUGAUUUAUUAGUUAAAUUAUAUUUAAACAAAAUAACAAUUUAUGGAAGUAAACUUUAGAUAAGAUAAUGAAGUUUCUGAUUAUAUUGUUGAUUACAUUGUGCCAUAUUAAAAAAGUACAUUCAAUUUUAUUGUUGAAACACAGGAAAUACGUUGACAAGUUCGGUUUCUUUACUACCAACAUAAAAUAAAUUUUUUUACAAAAUAUUCAAUUAAAUCAUUAGAUCAAUGUAAAUAAUUAGAAUCGUAAUACAAAAGAAUCAUACUUAAAAUGAAUGAAAAAUUACAAUUACUUUGUAUGGUGCUUUAUUUAUAUACAUAUAUACAUAUAUAUCAUUUUGUAUAUACAUACAUUAUGCAUCUAAUGUAGAUAUUAUAAGUCACAAAUUUUAUAAAAAAAAUUUGUGUUCUUUAAAUAUUUACUUUUCUCAUCCCACUCCAUUUUUUUUUAUAUAUAUUCUUCGUUAUUAUGUGAUUUGAUAACGGCCUUCUAUUGAAACGAUC